AUGAAAAGGGGUCUACUGUUGACACGGGAGCAGGCAGAAAGGGCGGUGGUCGACUACCGCACGAGUCAGGAGGUUCAACCGGCCAUGUUGGAGGAGCUGCGCAAGAGGGUAGCGGCUUUCAGCGAGCGGGGUUCGGUCAAAGUAAUCUUCGUGGACCCGUACCUGAAAAGCCAUGAACUGGUGGACGCCAGAGUUUCUCUGGACUCUGAAAGCGGGGAGGGGGAGACGAUCCUCACCAUCAACAAGGCCUGGGUGGAGGAAACCCUGAACACAAGGUCGAAAGCGGGGAAGAAGGUGGACGAGGAGUCGGAAGAGCCGUUUCCUGAUUCCGUGGAAGGGGUCGCAGACUUCGUCGAACAGCGAAGGAGCGUGCCUGUGCGGUGCGCUGUGUGCGGGAAGAAGUCAACGUCGGACGAGGCUUUGGAGCGGUGCAGCGUGUGCCGCGCAGUAUGCUACUGUUCAAAGGAGCAUCAAAAAAGUGACUGGAAGGAGCACAAGAAGGUCUGCAAGAAGGCGACUGAUUAG